AUGGGGUCGCAGACGCUGCAGAUCCUCCGGCAGGGGGUGUGGGCCGCGCUCAGCGGGGGCUGGUACUACGACCCGCACCAGGCCACCUUCGUGAACGCGCUGCACCUCUACCUGUGGCUCUUUCUUCUCGGCCUGCCCUUCACCCUCUACAUGGCCCUUCCUUCUUCCAUGAUUAUAGUAGCAGUUUAUUGUCCUGUGAUAGCUGCUGUUUUCAUUGUUCUGAAGAUGGUCAACUAUCGACUCCACAGAGCCCUGGAUGCUGGAGAGAUUGUAGAUAGGAACGCAAAUGAGUUCACAGAUCAGCGAGCCAAAACUGAGCAAGGCAACUGUUCAACACGGAGAAAAGAUAGCAAUGGCCCAAGUGAUCCUGGUGGGGGAAUUGAAAUGGCUGAGUUCAUUCGAGAGGCCACACCCCCAGUUGGUUGUAGUUCAAGAAAUUCUUAUGCUGGCCUGGAUCCAAGCAACCAGAUUGGAUCUGGCUCCUCUCGUCUGGGAACAGCAGCAACUAUUAAAGGAGAUACAGACACCGCUAAGACUUCUGAUGAUAUCAGCUUAAGUCUGGGCCAGAGCUCUAGUCUUUGUAAGGAGGGAAGUGAAGAACAAGAUUUGGCAGCUGACCGGAAGCUCUUCCGCCUGGUCUCCAAUGAUUCCUUCAUCUCCAUUCAGCCAUCCUUAUCCUCAUGUGGACAGGACUUACCAAGGGACUUCAGUGACAAAGUGAGCCUGCCAAGUCACAGCCACCACCACCACGUCGAGCAGUCUCUAUCCAAUGCCUGUGACACAGAAGUAGCUUCUCUUGUCCCUUUACAUUCGCACUCUUACAGGAAAGAUCACCGGCCGCGGGGUGUACCACGGACUUCUAGCUCUGCUGUGGCUUUCCCAGACACCUCACUGAAUGACUUCCCUCUGUAUCAGCAAAGGCGUGGGUUGGAUCCUGUUAGUGAGUUAGAAUCUUCCAAGCCUCAUUCUGGAUCCAAAGAAUCCUUGGUGGAAAAUGCGUGUUUACCUGGGGAAUUUCAGCUGGUUGGCGAGCUGAAAAACAGUAAUUCUCAGCCACCUACCAGAAGUGGGAAGAGCAAACCCUUGAACGCAGACAAAAGCAUGGACAGCUUGCGAAGCCUGAGCACGCGCAGUAGUGGCUCCACGGAGAGCUACUGCAGCGGGACCGACCGGGACACCCACAGCACCGUCAGCAGCUACAAAAGCGAGCAGACCAGCUCCACUCACAUCGAGAGCAUCUUGUCGGAGCACGAGGAGUCUCCCCAGGUGGCAAAGAAGAGCAGUCAGAAGAAAGAGGGCUGUGCCAAAGCAGAGGACAAGAACAGCUGCGCCGGUGACGAAAGGACUAGCGGAGCAAAGACUGCCGUGGACGAGAGCACGGACAGCGGGGCUCAGGGGGCCAAGGAGCCUAACGGCUCUGGGGGCGCGCACUGCCAGAAAGGCCUCAGCACCUCUGCGUCUGAAGAAGCCAAUAAAAACCCCCACGCAAAUGAAUUCACUUCCCAGGGGGACACACCACCUGGGAAGACUGCUGAAAACCAAGAGGAGGAGGGUGAGAAGCCAGCUGUGUCAGUGGACUCGAAAGUUAGUAAAGAUGUUGGUGGAAAGCACAAGGAGGGGGAUGUGCGACCUAAAUCCUCCAGCCUAAUCCACCGGACAGCCUCUGCCCAUAAGUCAGGCAGGAGACGGACAGGGAAAAAGCGGGCCAGCAGUUUCGAUUCAAGUCGGCAUAGGGACUAUGUGUCCUUUCGAGGUGUCUCUGGUACCAAGCCGCGUAGUGCUAUAUUCUGUCACGACGAGGACUCCAGUGACCAAAGUGACCUGAGCAGAGCGUCCAGCGUCCAGUCUGCUCACCAGCUUGGCAGCGAUAGCUCUUCUAGCACCACUUCUCAUUCUUGUCAGUCUCCUGAGGGCAGAUACAGUGCCCUCAAGACCAAGCACGCCCCUAAGGAGAGGGGCACCGACUCUGAGCAUACACACAAAGCCCACCUGGGCCCUGAAGGAACUGGCAAAAAGCGGACAGCACGGCGGACUUCCAGCACAAAUAGUGCCAAGACUCGGGCCCGAGUGUUGAGCCUGGACAGCAGCACAGUAGCGUGUCUGAAUGACUCCAGUAGGCUAAUGGCGCCUGAAAGCGUAAAACCCUUAACGACUUCAAAAUCCGAUCUGGAGGCCAAAGAGGGAGAGGUGCUAGAUGAGCUAUCUUUAUUGGGACGGGCUUCCCAGUUAGAGACAGUCACUCGGUCUAGGAAUAGCUUGCCAAGCCAGGUUGCUUUUCCUGAAGGCGAAGAGCAAGACGCGGUCAGUGGAGCAGCCCAGGCCAGCGAGGAGACGGUGUCAUUUCGCCGUGAACGCAGCACAUUUAGGCGCCAGGCAGUACGGCGCCGGCACAAUGCAGGGAGUAACCCUACCCCUCCUACAUUGCUCGUCGGAUCACCCCUAAGCCUUCAAGAUGGUCAGCAAGGCCAGCAGUCCACAGCCCAGGUCAGAGUCCAGUCCCGCCCCCCUUCCCAGGCUGCAGUGCUCAGUGCUAGUGCCUCCUUGCUGGUGAGAAGUGGGAGUGUCCACUUAGAAGCGUCACAUGACAGUGCGUCUGCUGCAGGCGGCAGCAGCUUGCACGAUGAACUUGGUAAGUUCUCUUCUACGCUUUAUGAGACUGGUGGCUGUGAUAUGUCACUUGUGAAUUUUGAACCAGCAGCAAGAAGAGCGUCCAAUAUCUGUGACACGGAUUCUCAUGUAUCCAGUUCUACCUCAGUUCGAUUUUAUCCACAUGAUGUGCUUUCUCUUCCACAGAUCCGACUGAACAGACUAUUGACCAUCGACACAGAUUUAUUGGAACAACAAGACAUUGACCUAAGCCCUGAUUUGGCAGCUACUUACGGUCCAACAGAAGAAGCUGCUCACAAAGUUAAACACUAUUAUCGCUUUUGGAUCUUGCCUCAACUGUGGAUUGGCAUUAACUUUGACAGACUCACACUUUUGGCCCUGUUUGAUAGAAAUCGUGAGAUCCUGGAAAAUGUGUUAGCUGUCAUCUUGGCUAUUCUUGUGGCUUUCUUGGGAUCCAUUCUUCUUAUACAAGGCUUCUUCAGAGAUAUCUGGGUCUUCCAGUUCUGCCUGGUGAUAGCCAGCUGUCAGUACUCACUGCUUAAGAGUGUUCAACCAGAUUCUUCUUCUCCUAGACAUGGUCAUAAUCGUAUCAUUGCCUACAGUAGACCAGUUUAUUUCUGUUUGUGCUGUGGUCUUAUUUGGCUCUUGGAUUAUGGUAGCAGAAACCUAACGACAACCAAGUUCAAAUUAUAUGGAAUAACUUUCACCAAUCCUCUGGUGCUUAUAUCAGCCAGGGAUUUAGUUAUAGUGUUUACACUCUGUUUCCCAAUAGUAUUUUUCAUUGGUCUCCUGCCUCAGGUGAAUACAUUUGUAAUGUACCUUUGUGAACAAUUGGAUAUUCAUAUCUUUGGUGGUAAUGCCACCACAAGCCUGCUUGCAGCACUUUACAGUUUUGUCUGUAGUAUCGUGGCAGUAGCCUUACUGUAUGGAUUAUGUUAUGGGGCCUUAAAGGAUUCUUGGGAUGGCCAGCAUAUUCCAGUGCUUUUCUCCAUUUUUUGUGGCUUAUUAGUGGCAGUAUCCUAUCAUCUCAGCCGACAAAGCAGUGAUCCAUCUGUGCUUUUCUCUUUGGUGCAAUCCAAGAUUUUUCCAAAAACAGAAGAGAAAAAUCCAGAAGACCCUUUGUCUGAAGUAAAAGAUCCACUGCCUGAAAAACUUAGAAAUUCUGUUAGCGAGCGUUUACAGUCUGACCUAGUGGUGUGCGUUGUAAUCGGCGUGCUGUAUUUUGCUAUUCAUGUAAGCACAGUGUUCACAGUAUUGCAGCCUGCGCUCAAGUACGUGCUGUAUGCACUGGUCGGCUUCGUGGGUUUUGUAACCCAUUAUGUGCUGCCUCAAGUCAGGAAGCAGCUGCCGUGGCACUGCUUCUCUCACCCUCUGCUCAGGACGGUGGAGUAUAAUCAGUAUGAAGUUCGAAAUGCGGCUACUGUGAUGUGGUUUGAAAAACUUCAUGUGUGGCUUCUUUUUGUGGAGAAGAAUAUCAUCUAUCCUUUGAUUGUUCUCAAUGAACUUAGUAGCAGUGCAGAGACAAUUGCAAGUCCAAAAAAACUGGAUACAGAAUUAGGUGCUUUAAUGAUCACCAUUGCUGGUCUGAAGUUGCUGCGGUCCUCUUUUAGCAGUCCUACAUAUCAGUAUGUCACAGUCAUCUUUACUGUGCUCUUUUUCAAAAUCGACUAUGAAGCUUUUUCAGAGACCAUGCUCUUGGAUCUCUUCUUCAUGUCCAUUCUCUUCAACAAGCUUUGGGAACUCCUUUAUAAGUUGCAGUUUGUGUAUACUUAUAUUGCCCCAUGGCAAAUUACAUGGGGUUCUGCUUUCCAUGCUUUCGCUCAGCCUUUUGCAGUGCCCCAUUCAGCCAUGUUGUUUGUCCAGGCUGCCGUGUCAGCCUUCUUUUCUACUCCACUGAACCCUUUUUUGGGAAGUGCAAUAUUCAUCACGUCAUAUGUUCGGCCUGUGAAAUUCUGGGAGAGAGACUAUAACACAAAACGAGUGGAUCAUUCAAAUACCAGAUUAGCUUCCCAGCUUGAUAGAAAUCCAGGAUCAGAUGACAACAAUCUGAAUUCCAUCUUUUAUGAGCAUUUAACCCGAUCCCUACAACACAGUCUAUGUGGUGAUUUACUCCUAGGACGGUGGGGAAACUAUAGUACUGGGGACUGUUUCAUUCUUGCCUCUGACUACCUCAAUGCGUUAGUCCACCUUAUAGAGAUUGGAAAUGGGCUGGUGACUUUCCAGCUGCGGGGACUUGAAUUCAGAGGUACUUACUGUCAACAACGGGAAGUGGAGGCCAUUACCGAAGGUGUUGAGGAAGAUGAAGGAUUUUGCUGUUGUGAACCUGGCCAUAUUCCUCAUGUGCUUUCAUUUAACGCUGCAUUUAGCCAGCGCUGGCUGGCUUGGGAGGUGAUAGUCACCAAGUAUAUUCUAGAGGGCUAUAGCAUCACUGACAACAGUGCUGCCUCUAUGCUUCAAGUCUUUGAUCUUCGGAAAGUACUCACCACUUACUACGUCAAAGGUAUCAUUUAUUAUGUUACAACCUCUUCUAAACUAGAAGAAUGGCUAGCUAAUGAGACGAUGCAGGAAGGACUGCGUCUGUGUGCCGAUCGAAAUUAUGUUGAUGUGGAUCCAACAUUUAAUCCAAACAUUGAUGAAGACUAUGACCAUCGACUGGCAGGCAUAUCCAGGGAGAGUUUCUGUGUGAUUUACCUCAGCUGGAUAGAGUACUGCUCUUCCCGAAGAGCAAAGCCACUGGAUGUGGACAAAGACUCAUCUCUGGUGACUCUUUGCUAUGGACUCUGUGUUCUGGGACGGAGAGCUUUGGGGACUGCAUCUCACCAUAUGUCCAGUAAUUUAGAGUCAUUCCUCUAUGGAUUGCAUGCCCUAUUUAAGGGAGAUUUCCGUAUUUCUUCAAUUCGGGACGAAUGGAUCUUUGCUGACAUGGAACUCCUGAGGAAAGUAGUAGUCCCUGGAAUUCGUAUGUCUAUUAAACUUCAUCAGGACCAUUUCACUUCUCCGGAUGAAUACGAUGACCCCACUGUGCUCUACGAAGCCAUUGUAUCGCACGAGAAGAACCUCGUCAUCGCCCACGAAGGGGACCCUGCGUGGCGGAGUGCGGUGCUCGCCAACUCGCCCUCCCUGCUCGCUCUGCGGCACGUCAUGGACGAUGGCACCAACGAGUACAAGAUUAUCAUGCUCAACAGACGCCACCUGAGCUUCAGGGUCAUUAAAGUGAAUAAGGAGUGUGUCCGAGGUCUUUGGGCAGGGCAGCAGCAGGAGCUUGUUUUCCUGCGUAACCGUAACCCAGAGAGAGGUAGCAUCCAGAAUGCCAAGCAAGCGCUGAGAAACAUGAUAAACUCAUCCUGUGAUCAACCUAUUGGCUACCCUAUCUUUGUCUCACCCCUGACAACUUCUUACUCUGACAGCCAUGAGCAGCUUAAAGAAAUUCUUGGGGGACCCAUCAGCUUGGGAAAUAUCAGAAACUUCGUCGUGUCAACCUGGCACAGGUUAAGGAAAGGUUGUGGAGCCGGAUGUAACAGUGGUGGCAAUAUCGAAGAUUCUGAUACAGGAGGCGGACCCUCCAGCACCAGUAACAGUGCGACAACUGCCAACGAUCCCCACAGCAGUGCAUCCCAAGGAAGCACUGGAAACCCAGGCCAGGCACCCGGAGCAGGACUUCAUCCGCCCGCCACGUCCCACCCUCCAACCCUAGGCACUAGCCACAGCUCUCACUCCGUGCAGUCCGGCCUGGUCCGGCAGUCCCCCGCCCGAGCCUCCGUAGCCAGCCAGUCCUCUUACUGCUACAGCAGCCGACACUCAUCUCUCCGGAUGUCCACCACGGGAUUUGUGCCUUGUCGGCGCUCCUCCACCAGCCAGAUAUCGCUUCGCAACUUGCCGUCAUCCAUCCAGUCCCGCCUCUCUAUGGUGAACCAGAUGGAACCCUCUAGUCAGAGUGGCCAAGCCUGUGUGCCGCAUGGCUUGCCUUCCUCCAGCAGCUCCAGCCAAAGCAUCCCCGCCUGCAAGCAUCACACCCUCGUGGGCUUUCUCGGGACUGACGGCGGCCAGAGCUGUGCCACUGACAUGCAGCCCGGCAGCACCUCAAGCCCUGCCAAUAACUCCCAUGCCAAAAAGGGGGAGGUGAUUUACAGAGUCCAAAUUGUGGAUCCCGGUCAAAUUCUGGAUGGGAUCAACCUGUCAAAAAGGAAAGAGCUGCAGUGGCCUGAUGAGGGUAUUCGGUUAAAAGCUGGGAGGAACAGCUGGAAGGACUGGAGUCCUCAGGAGGGCAUGGAAGGCCAUGUGAUUCACCGAUGGGUGCCUUGCAGCAGAGAUCCAGGUACUAGAUCCCACAUCGACAAGACAGUACUUCUGGUCCAGAUUGAAGAUAAAUAUGUGACUGUAAUUGAAACUGGGGUACUAGAACUUGGGGCUGAAGUGUGAGCCAAUGUUUUAUAACUUCAUUUCUUUUCCCUCAAAAUUCCAAGAUGUUGGGGAAAAAAAAAAAGAGGAGAGAGCAGAAGAUGCCUGCAGUUAUCACUUUGAUCCUGUAGGAGAGACUUGAACAUAGAGUGGGCUAGGUUAAGCACCUCUCCUUCACCCUGACUCCCAUCACUGUCUCCAUCCCCAAAUAAAGCUGAAAUAUUUUUUUAAGUUAGCUGCUGAGAAAACAUUUUGCAUGAAGGAUAAAGUUCUGUUAAAAUACAUCCUUAAAAGUUUUUUCCUAUGCAUUGCCUAUGCUUUAAAUCAACAAA